AUGAUGUCGGAAGAGGAAGAAGACGACCGAGAAGACGACCCAGCCAACAUGUUGUCAUCUUCGAAACCACUUGCAACUACUACUAGUAUUACUGGUAAUGCAACCAGUAAUAGCACCACAGCUUCGGCUCUGGUGAUUAGUGCGAGCUUCAAGGCCGGCAUGGAUGGGAUAGAUCGAGACCGAAUUGAUGCCAUAAUUCUCCGUGAAAGCAAGGACACGGUCUACAUGCAACACCAAGUGAAACGAGACGAAAAGGUCAAUGCCAAAAUUCGUCAAAUGCAAGCUCUCCUACGGCAGAAAACAGAGACGGAUCCCCACUGGGAACGACAGAUUCUCCAACAAUUGCAGCCCGAAAUUGACGACAUUCUGGCAGGCCGACGCAAUCGAUCCACGUGUUGUGUGGUUGACAUGGACAUGUUUUUCAUGGCAUGCGAAUUGCUGUCUCGGCCUCACUUGAAGGACAAACCCUGUUGUGUUGGGGGCGGCAUGAUAUCAACGUCCAAUUACAAGGCACGCAAAUACGGUGUGCGCAGUGCCAUGGCCGGAUGGAUUGGAGACAAGUUGGUAGAAGAAUUGUCCGGAGGAAAGGAAACACUCAUUCAUUUGCCAAGCAAUUUUCAACUCUACAAACAAAAAUCAAAGGCAGCCGCGGCUGUACUCCAACAAUUCGAUCCGCACUGCAAAAUGUACAGUCUCGAUGAAUCAUUCGUGGAUUUGGGGCCCUAUCUGCUACUCCAACUACAGAACCCUUCCUGGAAUCAUUCACAAAUUACACAGCAACUCACCACGAGCCGUCAGCAGGACAAGACUACUGCCAGUACUCCUGCUUCUAUCUAUAGCGCUCCUACUGCCAGUAGUACAUGCAGUGAAGCAGAGGAAACAGAUGCCAUGCUACAAUUAUUUUCACGUGGAGAUUUUUUAAAAGUGGCCACUCAGACUGUGGCACUGCUACGGCAAAUGGUCUGCGAGGCCACAGGCGGUUUAACCUGCAGUGCCGGACUGGCUUCCUCCUUUACCAUUGCCAAAAUUGCAUCGGAUGUCAACAAACCAAAUGGACAAAAACUGGUCGGAGAACGCUUGGAGGAAGAUGUAUGGCCCUUUCUACGACCACUGCCCACCCGAAAAAUUCCAGGAAUUGGAAGAGUCAGUGCCAAAACACUGGCGGCAUUCUCCAUUCAUACAGUGGAAAGUUUGUGGAAAGAAAGGGCAUUGGUGCGGUUACUCUUCAAAUCGGCAACGGCCAAGUUCCUGCUGAGGGCUUCGUUGGGGGGAUUCAAAAAAGACAACAGCAGCAGUGAGGAAGAACCAGAAGAGGGAGACGACAAAGACGAUGCUGCCGUCAUCAAACGAAAGGGGAUUAGUCGCGAACGCACAUUUUCUCCCUUACAAACAUGGUCCGAGCUCAUGAAUCGACUGGAAGGCAUUGCUUGGAUGCUGGCAUCCGACAUGCAAAAGGAAUCGGUCCUCGCACGCACUGUUUCUUUGAAAAUCAAACUUCAGACAUUCGAUGUCUUUCAAAAAUCUAGAACGGUCGAUGCCGCACUACAAAAGGGAGACGACCUGCUCAAGCAUGCGGCGGAAAUGCUACAAGAACUCAAAAAGGAAGUAGGGAGUAAACAUCGAUUUUCCCUCCGCCUGAUUGGCAUUCGCUGCUCCAACCUUGUCUCCGAACAUGAUGACGAGCUUUCCCCCAUGCGCCAAACCAUGACCAAGUUUCUGGCGUCGGGCCACGGGGCGGUUGCUGCUGCACCGCGAAAGCUGCAGGUGGUGGCAGAUCAAAAGCAGCAGCAGCAGCAAUCCACAGAAAUGAACAGUGGGGUGUCAACCAAGGGAGCCCCAGUACAGGCACUGGCACCAUGCCAACAGGCACCAUGCCAACAUCUUACUGCUGGAGAUGCGGCGAAUGAGCCUGCCACGACACCAAAAUCGCACACUGCCCAUUGCCCAGUGUGUGAUGAACUCAUCACUGCAAGCUCCAAGUUUGCAUUGAAUCAUGCUCUGAACGAUCAUGUGGAAUCUUGCUUGCAGCCUGGUGCACCUGUUCGAUCAUUGACGACUACAAGAGGCAUUGUCAGAAAGGGGGGUGCAAAAGCAAACGGCGGGGCCAAGCGAAAGAAAUUGACUGAUUUCUUCCGCAGCACUUGA